UGCACGGUGCCCGGAGGCGGAGGAGGCCCCCAGCCGUCCCCUGGGAACCCGCCGAGCGAUGGGGACCGCCCUCACCUCCGGCCAGUACAGCACCACCUCUCGCUUGUCCAAAAGCGUUUUAAUUUUUGAACAAUAUUUGUCUUAGAAGAAUUCCAUAAAGUUAGGCAAAUCUGGAGUCUAAUUUUGGGGGGCCUUAAGUCGGAGGGCUGGGGGGUCAAGAAGCCCACACGGCGAGCGUGAGCUCACUGCCUGCGGAACGGCCUUGGGGAACCUGACCCAGGGCCCGAGGUUCUUCCGUCCCGAAAUCCGCCUCCCACUGCGUUUGAGAAAACAUUGGCGAGUGUCUGGGCCGAUGACCAUAAGGCAUUCGGCACUGCAACCCCAGGAAGCAAUUCCUCACCCUCACGGCCAGCACAGGGCCUGGGCUGCUCGCCACAGAAGGUUCUAGACCUCGGACUUCUGCCCCACCUGCCAGCCGUGGGGCCCGGGCCCCGAGGCGCGGCGCCUUUAAGGGCCCCGCCCACCCACGCAGGGGACCAGCCCGUCGCUUGGCAACAGGACGCCGCGCGGACCCUCGUGGUCCCGCGGGCUGAGAGGCUGUUUCGUGCCUGCUCUUUCUUGUCCCCGAAGCUCGCGUGGACGGAGGCGAGAUGUCCGAGGAGAACCCCCAGGUGUGCGCGGAGCCGGAGGAGGCCAAGGCCGAGGCCCCCCCGGAGAAAACCAGUGACUACUACCGCGUGAGCGAGGACCUGCCGGCCAGGUUCAACCACCCGGCGUGGUUUCGGGGCUACAGGGCCAAGGAGCCCCCCUCCGUGUACAGGACCAGUAACCAAGCUUACGGGAGCAGAGCCCCCACGGUGCAUGAGAUGCCGAAGGUAUUUUAUCCAAAUUCGCAUAGAUUUUCUAAACAACUUGCAGCUGGUGGAAUGUUCCAGAACAAUACUUUCAACGUGUACAUGGAGAAGAGCAUCGUGACAGGUCCCGACAACUACAUCACCUCCUUCGACCGGUUCAACUUCCACCCCAGCUACCGGGCCAACAAGCCGUCCACCUGCGACUGAGGGGCAGCGGCAGGAGGCCCUCCGUCCAGGGCCCUCCAGGUGCCGGUGGUGAUGGUCUGGACAGUCGCCAGCCCUAGUCUUUGAUAAUCUGCCCAGUUGUAAAGGGACACACUUUACUCUUCCCCUGCAAAUACAGUAUUUUUCCUCUCUAGGUUAGAAAACCAUGCCACCAGGGCUGUGGU